UCUCCAAACCCCAGAGUAGAAUAAGGCAAAUUCUUCUGCUGGGUUGGAGAGAAGGCCUAGGAAGGCAGGAAAAACCAUCCAUCAAGAACAAGAGAUCACAAAAAACCCACACAAACCCAUCAAGAGAGUCUUGAUCUUUUUCUUCUUUUGGUGUAGAAGAUUAGUAUAGUAAUGAUGACGGAUACGUUUUGUACGGAUUGCAAGAGGAAUACGGAGGUGGUAUUCGACCACGCUGCGGGGGAUACUGUGUGUUCCGAGUGUGGGUUAGUGUUGGAGUCGAGGUCUAUCGAUGAGACUUCUGAGUGGAGAACUUUUGCCGAUGAAUCGGGUGACCAUGACCCGGUUCGUGUUGGAGGUCCGGUCAACCCUCUUCUUGGUGAUUCGGGUCUUUCUACUGUGAUUUCUAAGGGGCCUAAUGGCUCCAAUGGGGAUUCGUCUCUUGCCCGGUUGCAGAAUCGUGGGGGUGACCCUGAUCGUGCUAUUGUUUUGGCCUUUAAGGCCAUUACUAAUAUGGCUGAUAGGUUGAGCCUUGUAGCAACAAUAAAGGAUCGAGCAAGUGAGAUAUAUAAAAGGUUGGAGGAUCAGAAGUGUACCCGGGGAAGAAAUUUGGAUGCAUUAGUGGCUGCCUGCAUUUACAUUGCUUGUAGGCAAGAAGGCAAGGCACGCACUGUAAAAGAAAUUUGCUCUAUUGCCAAUGGAGCUACAAAGAAGGAAAUUGGCCGAGCAAAAGAGUUUAUUGUUAAGCAAUUGAAGGUUGAAAUGGGUGAAUCUAUGGAGAUGGGAACAAUACAUGCAGGAGACUAUCUGAGACGUUUUUGUUCUAAUCUUGGUAUGAGUAAUGAAGAGAUUAAAGCUGUCCAGGAAACAGUUCAGAAGUCUGAAGAAUUUGAUAUAAGGAGAAGCCCUAUAUCUAUAGCUGCUGCAAUAAUUUACAUGAUAACGCAGCUCUCAGAUUCAAGGAAGCCCUUGCGAGAUAUUUCUAUUGCUACUACAGUUGCUGAAGGGACAAUCAAGAAUGCCUACAAGGACCUCUUUCCCCAUGCUUCGAAAAUAAUACCAGAGUGGUAUGCCAAGGAAAAAGACCUCAAGAGCCUUGCCAAUCCAAAAUCCUAGAUGGUGUGAUAGUCGCUGCAGAUUAGGCUUUUAUUUGUAUGUUGCAUUUGGCUCUUAUUCUUGUAGAGGGAAAAACCUGUAUCAACUUUUUCUUUUUUAGUUCUUUUUUGUCACUUUGCUUUUCCCCUUGCAUCGGUAUAGAUGAUUAAACAAGUUAAUUUUGGAUGUCUGAGUGUACAAUUGAAAAUUUUUCACACAGGCCACCAUCAAUUCAUUAAUGAAGAGUUUCUUCCCAA